GCUCCUUAACCCUCCACUCCCUGCUGAACACAGACUGGACACUUGUGAGUGAGGAGACGACGUACUGAGGGAUGUGAGAGAUUUCUUUACGCCUAUUUGGACUUAAGUUUGAGUUUUUUUUCCUGAGCUGGACACUGGAAAUGUCUGAGAGCAUCAUGAGGAAGGUCCAGCCCUUCACCAUCGGGACACGGCUGUCAGUCCCCGCUGUGCCAAAAUGUCAGGACUUUACACAGAGUUACCUACAGAGCCAGAGUCUGGAUAACUGCACGCUACAGCACAACCUGAACUCGCUCUACCUCAGCCGAUCCCAGGUCUGUGCACAUGGCCCAUGUCUCGUCUCACCCAUCGUUAAGCAGGUUUCCCCGGUCAAACAGAACCAGGAGGACAUGGCGGAGGAGGACCACCUAAACCAGAACGUGUCGUCUCCCUCUGCAGUCUCAAGGUCCAUCAAGAAGAUCACCAUCUCUGGGAGUAAAGACAGAUCAGAGACCAAGGCGCCAGUGAGACCGGCACAGCGUUUUAUUGUGGGGUCAACAUCUGAAAACAACAAUAACAACAACAACGUCAGCAGCUCCUCGGAUCCACAUCUGCCCAGGAUCGUGGGUGUGAGCUGUGAAAACAAGCCCAGCUCUCAGUUCAAGGUUUUACUCAGAAAAGAAAACAGUGAUGAGGUUCAACGUGCGCAGGGACCGAGCAGAGUGACACUGAACGGAGAGAGAGCACUCCAACAGAUUUCAGGUCCUGAAUCCCAGAAGAAAGAGCCUCAGAGGAGAGAAGGCCUUCUGCACACACAGAGCGACGCCUCAGCAGCUGUUACGUCCCAGAGUGACUUCUUCUCUCAGCGCAACUCGCUCUUCAACAAGGAAGUGCUGCAGGCAGAGGCCUGGAUCAAAGGAAAGCUGCAGGACUUGAAGGAUGGCUGUAAUAUUCAGCGCUGCCCCCUGCAGGACUGGGAGGAGGCCUCGCAGACGCUCCAGAGAGACCUCAAAGACUUUGAGAACACCUUGAUUCAACUCAACCAGAUGGGUGAGCAGCUGAUCUGCAAGCUGAACCCGUCCUCUGACCUGGUGAAGAAGCAGCUCGGUCAGCUCAGGGACCAAUGGCAGGCCCUGAAACAGACGGCUGCCAAUCAGACGAGAGCGCUGGGCGGAGCCAAAAACCUGCAGGAGUUCAACAGAAAAGUGGACAAGUUGGAGGCGUGGAUUAAAGAGAAGGAAGAGGAGCAGUCUCUGGUGAAUGUCCUCGGGGAGAAUGUUGACAAAAUGCAGCUGACCAGGAGGAUUUUAGAUCUGAAACAGGACGAGCAGCUCUACAGAAACCUCCACGAGGAGAUCAACCACUUGGCCCUGAGACUGGAGAAACAAGGGAAGACAGAUGGCAAAAACAUCUCCAGCAAGAGGAAGCACAUCAACAAAAUGUGGCUGAAGGUUCAGUCUCAUCUCAAAAACUACCAUGAAAACCUGCAGCUGGCCCUGGAGGUGUCCUCGUUCUACCAACAGGCUGAUAAUACGCUGUUUGCCAUUAACAACAUGAAUAAAAGCAUAUCAGCAUCCAAAGAGCUGGACAGCUUCGGGGACAGAGAAAUACGAGACAUCGCCAGUCAGAUCAUGAUGCUGGAUGUGAGCGUGUCCCAGCUGUCUAAUCUGCAUCCUGCGCUGGCUGACAGCGUCACACAGAAACAGAGCGAGGUGAAGGACUGCUGGGCGCUCCUGCAGAAGGUUCUCAGGAGUGACAGGACCUCCCUCUCUCCCACCGCCUCCACUUUCACCAGGGAAGAUGCCGACCCCCUGACCCCAGCCCGAGAAGCCCAGUGCAUCGUGGGAACAGAGACACAAAGGAUCAUGGGAAAGGAGGUGAAGGAGGAGCAGAAUCGUCUGAAAGGCUGCGUGAGCUCUGCUGAAUGUGGGAUCGGUACGAGAUCUCCCAGCAGCCAAGUCUCUGAGCAGCAAUCAGUGAGCCACACCUCGUCACCCACGGGAGACGACCCAGCCUCCGCUGAUGAUGUCAUAGUCAGACAUUUAUUGGAGGGGGAAAGCAGGAAGCCGAGAGCAGAGCCGAGUCCUGGCACCGCCCCACAAGGCCACACACAGCUCCACACUCAGCUCCAGAAGUUCACCGUGUCUGCUGACAAGACUCUGUCCUGGCUGAAGGACAACGUGUCCAUGGCCACACAGGUGUGUUCUAUAGCCAGCUUCGAGGGUCUGGAGGCGGCCCGGAGGUGUCAGCACGCUCUGGAACAAGAAAUCCUCAGCAACAGGGCCAGGAUCGAGGUGGUCAAAACGGAGGGCCGCGAGCUGGUCCGAGCCCAGCACCCGGGCGGCGCCAGGAUCGAGGAGUUCCUGGGCCAGCUGGAGGUCCUGUGGGAGGAGCUGAGGAGGAGGCACCAGAGGAAUGGAGUGUUUCUGAGGGCCUCAGAGGAGCUGGGCUUCAGGGUUGUAAAAGUGCUGCAGGCUCUGGGCAGCCUGGAGGCCUGGCUGGAGUCUGUGGAGCUCUCCCUGAAGGAGUCCGCUCUGGCCGGCGACCCCGAAACGAUGAGCGUGGCGGAGAGGGAGAGCUGUCUGCUGGAGGAGGAGGUGGCAGCACGCAGUCUGGAGCUCGGCACCCUGAGGCAGGAAGUGGACCGUCUCCAAGGGCACAGUCACCCCCACACCCGAGGCCUGCCAGCUCGCAUGGAGGAGGUGGAGAGAAAGUAUCAUCGUGUCCAAAGUGCCUUAACCCAGCAGAGCUCAGAGCUGCAGGACACACGGAUGCUGACAGAGUUCCUGGAGCGCGUUGAGCUGGAAGAGAGUCAGGAGCUCAGCGGGAGUCAGUACAGCCUCGGCCAGCCUCUUCACAGCGAGAUCUCCUCAGCUCCGACAUUGCUGGGACUCCAAAGCAGCAGUGGUGGAGAGCCCCUGAUAGAAAGCAUGGGAGACCCUGUGGAGGAACUCAGAGAGGCUGUAGAGAUGCUGAACGACACCGUGAGAGAAAGAGGCCGAUCUCAGAGCCACGAUCAGGCCGUGCAGGAGCUGCUGAGAAAGCAUGCCAGCCUGGUCGUUCGAGUGGAGGAGAGUCUGUCCUGCAGCAAAGAGCUCAGUCUGGACAUCCUGGAGAGGGAGACGGACAUGGCCGUGCAGUGUGACCUCGAGCGCUGCGGCAUCGAGAGUCUGCAGGCGAAACAGAACAGACUGGAGGUCGCCUAUGAAGUCAUCAGGGAGGAGGUGAAGGAGGUGCAGGAGCAGGCCUCUCGGCUGGAGGAGCUGUGCCCAGAGAAGGUGCACGUGCUCGGGGCGAAGAUCGGGGCGAUGCUGCAGGGCUGGACGGAGCUGGGGAGGAGUGUGACGGAGAACAAAUCACGGGUGCAGGAGUUUGUGCAUCUCCAGGACUUCUUCAGGAGCUACCUCGCUAUGAUCUCAUGGACAGAAGACACCAGGUCCUACAUUUUCUCUGACGCUGCCUUGCAUAUUGGGAAAGAUGGCCGGAAGCCGCUCGCUGCAGAGCUGGACCUGCAGAUCGAGCAGAAGUUUGAUGAGUUUGACGAGCUGGUGGCCACGGGGAGGAACAUUUUGGACAAAGAACACCAUCUCAGACAGAUGGUCAAAGAGCGCAUGGAGGAGCUGAGGAGCAUGCUUGGCUGGAUCUUGGUGCACUGGAGGGCUCAGAAACAACAGUGGCUUCACAAAAAGUGCAAACAGGAGCUUCCACAGGAUAACAUUUAUUCAGAGGCCACAAUGUGCUCUCCGAGAACAGAGAGUCCACCUCCUGAGAUAGAGGACUACGUCUCCCAUCAGCCCCCCGCCGUCACCUCUGAUGAAGACAGACAGAAUUCAUCAGGUGACAGCCGGCCUUCUUCCCUGCAGCUCCGACAUCCCGAGCCUUCAGAGGAGAAGCAGUUCGAGGACGGGUAUGAGGUCAUGAAAUGCAUCGGACCACCAGGCGGAGAGACCUCCACUCCCUCCUCAGAGUCUCCCAAACCGUCUAUCGUGGUCCUCAAAGACCCCAGCGCUGCUUUAGGGGGCACGGUGAACCUCAUCCUCAGCUUUGCUAACACAGGGGACAGCCAGGUUCAGGUGCUGGACCCACCUGCUGGGACCUCUGAGGAAGUGGAUGAGUCCUUUGAGCCCGUGCACAGGCUCACUGUGCCUCAGCCUUCUGCCUGUAAAAACUUUUGGAGGCGCUGCCAGGGCCUUUUGGAAAAUACUUUGGGUAGUUUAAAGCGAAAGAAAAAGAUUUAUCGGCAGAGUGCAAACGAGGUAAGUACCUACCUGCAUGUGAAGGAUAACAACUCGUCUGCAGCGCCAGUGUACGAGAGUAUCACCCUGCCCCGCCAAAAGAGCCGCUCUGCAGCCUCAGCCUCCCCUACUUUCUCGCCGUCGUCCUCCUCCUCUUCUCCGUCAUCCUCAGCGCCUGCACCUCAGACAGCCAACGUGACCUUCCACCCUAUGACCGCGGGUGGCAGCAGCUCCAUCUUCAGCAGCCUGAAGAGGAUGGGCAAGAAGAGGAAGAGGAAGCGGGACGCUCGCAGACACACCAUUCAGAAAAUCAUGGGAGUGGAGGAGCGAGCAGAGGGGAGGCUUCAGUAUGACUAUGAGACGUUCACAUACGACACACACACAUGGCCUCUGAAGGAAGCCAGGAGGAAGAAGAGUUCCCCAAAGAGCAGGGAUGGAGUAGAAGCCACGGCCUACAUGAAGAACCCCCUGCUGAAGGACAUAGACACAGAGUGUUCAGGGGAAUACAGCAUCAUUCCGUACGCUGUUUCAGAGGGGACGAACGAUCUGCUCGACUCGAACCCUGUGAGGACUCACUGCAGAUUCCUCUCUCUGGGCUCCGUGCUAAGCUUCGAGCUCCCUAAAGACAUGGCGCUCAUCCCCAGCAUCCAGGACAUCAUCACUAUCGCCCCGCCGGAGUCUAAAACAGGAGCCGGGACUGAUCCAGACCCCCUCUCGCAGAGACACUCAGAUCUGAGCUCCUUCAAACAGACUCGAGCUGCUCCUGCUGCCGUCGCGCACACAUCAGCAGAUUUGAGCUCUUCUGAAGCCCCGUCUUCAACUGCUGUAGUGAAAGGUCUUCUUGAUGUGGACACAAGUCUCCAAACACCACCUCCUCCUGUGUCUCGAGAGGAGGGCGAGGACCACACUGUACCGCGUAACGACCUGUUGGAAACUGAGUACAGUCUGCAGGAGGACGCAGAGCAGGAGUUGGACAAAAUGUCCUCAGAGGUUAAAACCAGUCCAGCUGAUAAAGAUGACACCAGCCUGUCCACACAGCUCCCUAUUUAUGUUAACCAACCCCACACUGAACAUAAACAUGGCUGCCUGAGUGUGCACACGCUCAUUAAAGACCUAAGUGGACACAUGUACCAUAAAUGUUCCAGACCCCACAGUUUGCAUGAAGACAGUCCUGGUCUUCAGGGUCAGAGCCAGGCGUCUCACUUGGUCGUCAAUCUGAAGUCCACGGUGAGCGUGAGUGUCCGUCAGGACUCUGUGGACUCUGGGAUCUCCACCUCCAGCAGCAUCAGGCUCUGCACCGAUGCUCCAUGUCAGGAGCAUCCCAGAGGAGUGGUGGGGAGGCUCCUGUCCUUAGAGGUGGAAGGGGUAGACUGCACUAAAAGAAGGGAGGACACUCUGAGUCCUCCAGGUCCAACGACAAACUCAGCCGAGCCAGAAACAGAGCCGGUGCACCUCGACCACCAGCAGUUUGAGGAGGAAGAGGAGGAGCUGGAGGACAUCUGGAACCAGAAAAGUAACUAUAGACAGAGUAUCUGCUCAGACAUCAUGUACCAGCCCAACCAGGAUGAGACUGAACCCUCACACCAACCCACACAGCCCCCCUCACCCUCCCCAUCCCCUCAAACCCCUGCAGUACUCUACAGGAACCUGGCCACAGCCUCAGCACCAAACCUCCUGGUGGCUGAGUUCAGACUGCCCUCCCACAUUCAGAGUCUGCUUGGUUACAACAAGGAAUCUAAAGGUCAGCUCCCCCUGCUGGCCGCUGGAGACAGGAGGUCCUGGGCAGCGUUUCCUAACAGAGAACCAGCCAGCAAGAGCUCAGUGACGGUGAACGAGACGGCGUCCGACCCAGUGAAGCUCCCGGAAGUCAGUGACAACCAGAGAUAUAUUUAUCAGUACAGAGAGGACGAGGAGGAGGGGGAGGAGGCGAAGGUGGGGGAGGAGGUGGAUGAGCACACGGGCUGUGUGAAGGACCAGUCGAUGAGUCUGCUGUCAGUUCAUAUGAAUGUGGACGGCGUCUGUCAGCAGAGAAAAGCCUCUCGCAGCCUGGACGUCAAGGAGACGCAGGAAGAACCGAUGUCCACCAGAGGGCGCUGUAUCACCCUGAGUGGAAAGUCUGAGCUGCAGUCGAUGGAGGGUACACUGGAGCGGAAACACAAGCUGCAGUUUGGAGGAAAGAAAGCGACCUCCAGAGGCUGGAACUCGUACCACGCUGUCCUCUACAGACACACCUUGUGCUUCUACCAGGACAGAAAGGACACACUGAGGAGCUCUGCAUGCGGUCUGCCGCUGAACCUGCUGGGAGCUGAGUGCACGCCCGCACCUGAGUACACCAAAAAAGCCAACUGUCUGCGACUCCAGCUCCGUGACGGGUCUGAGUAUCUGCUCAAUGCCUCCUCUCGAUUCCUGAUGAAGAAAUGGAUGAUGAAAAUACAAGCAAACACAGGUCUGAAUGAGACUGCGUCGUUGUUAUCCAGCGCCCCUGCUGCUCCAGACUUCUCCAUGUCCUUAAAGCCCUCCCCCUGCUCCGCCUGUCACCGUCUCGCCAAAUGCUACUGCCCCUCCCAGCAUGAUGUCACCUCCACGUUCCCCAUUCGCAAACCACCGGGCGCCGCCCAAACCAAAGAGAUCGUUGUCCUCACCCGGGAGUUCAGUCACCGGCAGCAGAGAGGAGUCAGGAGUGUGGAGGAGGCGUCCUCUCAGGGAGGCUGCUGUGAUGACGAUGAUGAUGAUGAAGGCAGUUUAAAGCAGACGAUGACUCACCGUCUGUCUGGAUCAUCCAGAGAAAACACCUCCGUCUCUCCUCGUUCCCCGGUCUGCAGCGAUCAGGACUGGCUCAGCAACAAGCGCCGCUCCCACUCCUUCACAUCAGCGACUUUUCAGAGGAUCAAACCGAUGUGGCACGCUCCGGCAGGCCGAGGCCUGGAGAGCGGCUCAAACUACUGUGUGACUCUGGUAGUAGGAGACAAAUCCGCAGACGGUUCAUCUGUGAGCAGGAACUCAGAGCGCCCCCUGCUGGCCUCAGCCGGAUGGCAGCAGGACGCCUGUCAGGACUCUCAGGCUCUGAGGAGCUUCACCAGCCUGCCGCGUCCACGCAACAAGUCCGUCUUUAAAAAGUUCUUCGGAAAGAGGGACGUCUGAGGUUUUUAAAAAAAAAAAGGUUUUAACCAUUGACGGGUUAUAAAGAUGGACGACGUGUCUCCACCUCCUGUCGUUGUACAAACAUGAGGCCAAAAUAUCAGAGUCUGUGCAGAGAGAGAGAGGUGGAGCUGAAGUUUAGACGUCCCGCCUCUUCCUCUUAUCAAAACACAGUUAACUUCCUGUUAAAAGGUCAAAGGUCACUCAGGUGGGUUCAGUCCAAAGCAAAACAGAUCAUGGUGUCGGUUUGAAGCAGACAAACAGGGUUAUUAAAAGUUUAGUGACUUUCGUGUUCGUUCCUCCUCUAAUCACAGCACAGAAACGCAGGAGCGUCAUUGGUCAAUGGAGCUGUCAAUCAUGACGUUAUUCCCCUUUUAUAUCAUCAAAUAAUUAUAACUCAGAAAUGAAUAGUGUUAGAGAAACAUUAAUCAGACGUGUUUUUAUUUUAUGGUUUGACUCGUGUUAACACAGAGGAAGCGGAGCUUAUGACAUAUACUACACAGCCAGCAGGGGGAGCUCUAAAAGUUUUGGCUUCACUUUUAAGGAGCCGUUAUGUCGUCCAUCUUUUUGUACAGUCUGUGGGUUAAACAAAUAUUUUCUAAUGUGCAGUGCACCUGUUUGUUGAAAUGCAUAAAAAAAAAAAAGAAUCACUACUACUGACCGUAUUUAUGAUCCGAAGAGCUGCCGCGUGCUCCAUGUGUGACGUGUGUUUUAAUAUCACUUCAUCGUCCAUUAAACAAUCACAGUGUGUCUCUUCUUUUGGCAAGUGUGUGUGUGUGUGAGUGAGAGAGUAUGUUUCUGUGCGUGCGUGUGUGUGCGUGCGUGCAUGUGAGUGUGUGGGUGUGUGUGAGAGAGUAUGUUUCUGUGUGUGUGUGUGUGUGUGUGUGUGUGUGUGUGUGUGUGUGUGUGUGUGUGUGUGUGUGUGUGUGUGUGUGUGUGUGUGUGUGUGUGUGUGUGUGUGUGUGUGUGUGUGUGUGUGUGUGUGUGUGUGUGUGUGUGUGUGUGUGUGUGUGUGUGUGUGUGUGUGUGUGUGUGCGUGCACCGUGUAGUUGUAGAUUUGAAUCGCUGAAUGAGACGUUUUCCUUCCAGUCUUAUUCCCUUAUUUCUUUGAUUUUAUUUUCCUUUGAUUUCGUGUUUCUGUAUAAAGUUUUUCUUCCUGCUUAAUGAAAAGGAAACUUCCAACCGCGUCGUCUUAAUUCAGUCGUGACCAAGUCUUUACAGCAUCCUUGAAUCAGGACCGUCAGUGUGUCUGCUUCACCGCUGAACGUUGUUCAUUCUGCAGUUUGAUACUGCUGGGGCUUGUUAAGUAUGUCACCAAGAUCUUCAUAUUAAAACCUGUUUAAAGAAC